UUUAAAAAAAAAACAAUGGAGAAAAGAGUAUUAUUAAUGGCAAUCUCUGCAUUUGUCGUUUUCCUCUUGUGUGGAGCAGCUCAUGCAAAUCCAGGGAUCGCAACUUUCUACACAACUUAUACUCCGUCGGCGUGUUACGGGAACCAGCCGGAGGGGGUAAUGAUAGCGGCGGCGAGUGACAGCCUUUGGGAUAACGGAAAAAUUUGCGGACAAAUGUUCACCGUUAAGUGUACGGGACCUCGUAACCCCGUCCCUCACCCUUGUAACGGCAACUCCGUUACCGUCAAGAUCGUUGACCAUUGCCCUUCUUGCCCUUCUACCCUCGAUCUCUCCCGCGAAGCCUUCGCUGCUAUUGCCGACCCCGUCGCCGGUAUCAUCAAUAUCGACUAUGCCCCGGCGUAAACUCGGAACUCUCAUAUACAGCAAUUUUAGUCAUGCAUGCUCUCUGAUAUGAUUCAUCUCUUGGCAUUCUAAUGCAUCCCUUAUUAUACAGAUCGAGAAUAAUAAAGGAAACACUCAGAUUCUCAAUCUCUA